GUAGCGGGACAUAGUAAACAAACAGAAGAAGACGUUCAUUGUCGAAAACCAAGGCAUCAGCGCUGGGUUACCGAGCGAUCGAAUAUGGGGAGAAUGUGUGCGGUCAGAAACUGCGGAAAAAUCCCUCAAAAAAGGAGUUGUCACCGGCUUCCUCUCCUCCGUCACAACACUGCAAGACGGAAGUUGUGGCUUUCAUUCCUCGGGUUAGACGUAAACACCCCUCUAAAUGUUCUUCGGGAAGCUGACCAUCGCGUCUGCGCCUUCCAUUUUCGGCACGAGGACUACAUGCAAUCAACCGGUCUUCGAAUGGAGUUUCCGAAGAAACUGCAUCUGCAAAAGGCAGCUGUACCGACGCUUCUUGGACCAACGCUAGACGAAGAAGACCUUGGGGCUGGUGCUGGUGUAGAACCCUUCGUUUUCAAUGCUCCCCCUUCAACUCCUGUCAAGGACCAGCCUUCUCCCAGCUUGUCCUUGGUCCUCACCAGUCCACAGCCACCCCAAUCCACAAAAUCCUCAAGGAAGUCCUUAUCUGGCAGUUACCUUGCUUUCCCUGUGACCAGGGAGAGGUCGUCACUAUUUCCAGACAAUUGUAAAACUGAGAUGCUUCAAGUGGACAUUUCCUCCGUCAUUAAGGAUGAAUCUGGCAGUCACCUUGCUUUCCCUGUGACUAGGGAAAGGCUGUCACUAUCACCAGACAAUUGUAAAACUGAGAAGCUUCAAGUGGACAUUUCCUCAGUCAUUAAGGAUGAACCAACAGACAUGAACAUCAGCAUCAAUCAACAAUCAAGUUCAACCUCCAGUUCAAGUGCCUCAGAAGAGCAAGGGGAGUUGGAUGACAGAAAAUGGAUUGUGAACGAGUCUAGCCUCAUGACACUGUUUAGAACAUGCCAUACAUGUGCCGUACCCAUCACUGAUAUAACAUUGACAACUACAGGUAGCCAGAUAAAGAUCGAAUGGACAUGUUUAAAUAAUCAUAAUGGCAGGUGGGCAUCAUGUCCUGACUCCUGAUGCAAGAGGAAUGGCACAGAAUCACCUGCUUGUUUCUGCUGCUUCGGAUCAAGAUUGUACAUUUGUAUGUUUUACAUUUUGUUAAUACAAUAGGGCUAUGUCUACUUUUACCCAUGCUAUUUGAAAACAUGUUUAGGCCUCCAGACUGUGGUGUGCACUUUAUAAAUAAAACUGAAAAGAUGUUUGAAAAAUAGCUUUUUAUUGA